AUGAAAAUGAAACACGUUUAUUUUAAAGUAUUAUUAUUGUUUUCUCUUCCAUUAAAUAUAUUAGUAACAUUACAUCAUGUAGAUAAAAAAACUAACGAUUAUAGACCAUAUACUUUAACAUAUACAAAACUAGAAAAUACAAUUACAUCAAGUAGGUUAUUAUGCGAAUGUGAUACGUAUGCAGCUACCAAUUAUGAUAAUGACCCCGAGGUGAAAAAAGUAAUGCAACAAUUUGACGAACAUACCACACAACGUUUACUCGAAUACAAUGAACAUAUGAUCAAAAAACGUAAAGAAUGCAAAGAACAAUGUGAUAAAGAUAUACGAAAAAUUAUUCUAAAUGAUAAAAUAGAAAAACAAUUAAAAGAAAAGUUUUCAUCGGCAUUACAAACGGAUAUAGGUGCCAAUUAUUUACCAAAAUGUACGUGUGAAAAGUCUUUAUCCGACAAAGUUGAAAAAACUUGUUUGAAAUGCGGAGGUCUAUUAGGUGGUGGUAUCACACCAACUGUUGGAUUUUUCAGCACAAUUGUUACAUAUUUAUUAACAGAUGCUGCUGCAAAACAAGCUGGUAUUCUUGCUGCUAAAAAAGUUUCUGUAGAAGCUGGUAUUCAGACAUUCAUUCAACAAUUGUCAGAUAUGAGUAACUUACAUGUGUUAAUUGGUCAUAAACUUGUAAAUUUGAUUACUCCAAAAACUGUUGGUAAUAUAAUGGAACUUAGUAAGACUAUUCAUGAAACACUUCAAAGUACUUGUUUUGCAGCUGAACCUCGUAUAAAUGACGUGAUGACGAUUCUUUGUAGUACAGAUUCUUAUAUUUUUGAUGCACAAUAUUUACAACAGCAAGUAGCAAACAUUGCUACGAAAGCUGCAGAAGAGGGUGCUAAAGCAGGUGCUCUCGCUUCACAAAAUGCCGAGGCAAAUACAUGGUCUUUGGGAACAAUUAGUAAUUUCUUUUUUACUAACUCUGCAGGAAUUGCAUUUACAACAAUAGUACUUAUAGCUAUAAUUCUUUUAAUUACUUAUUUAAUAUUACAUUAUCGAAAAAAAAAAGAAAAUGAAGAAAAAACUACAAUAUAUAAAAUUAUUAAAGGAAUAGAUAUGUUUUACUAUGUUGAUGUUUAUAGAUAG